UAAAGGUGCAAUUUUCACUCUAGGUACUACCUCUAGUACUAGAUUUUUCUGUCGAAAAUGACAACGGAUGAUGCUUCUCAAGGAUUCUUUUACACUACCCUGAAAAGUUUGUACAACAAAAUUUUGCUCUUCUUUCCGAUCAUGUUGCUUCUCUAUGGCUUCUUCCGGCUUGAGAUGAUUUCUCAAGAAAAAAUCAAUGUCAAAAAGGUAGAGAAAAUUAGCAUAUUCAUAUUAGCAGGCCAGAGCAACAUGGCAGGAAGAGGUGGGGUGUCUAACGGAGUAUGGGACAAAUAUAUUCCAGUCGAGUCCAGCAGUGACCAUAGAAUUCUUCGACUAAAUGGAAAGUCAAAACUGGAAGAGGCAAAGGAGCCACUCCAUGAAGGAAUCGAUGAUGUGAAAAAAACAUGUGGGGUUGGUCCAGGAAUGGCCUUUGCUAAUGCAAUAUUGAAAAACGACCCAAAUUUUGGUGUCAUAGUAUUAGUCCCUUGUGCUUAUGGAGGGACUAACAUUACAGAUUGGGCAAUUCCUAAUAGCAAGGUACGAAGCCGAUUGAUCGCAAGAGCUAACGACGCUCUCAAAUAUGGUGGAAAAAUUCGAGCAAUUUUGUGGUAUCAAGGGGAGACAGAUACACGGAGUAAAGUUGCAGCAAAAGAAUUCCGGGGCCAAUACAAGAAGUUUCUACAUCGUUUGUAUCAAGAAUUGAAGAACCCUAAAGCUCCAUUUAUUCAGGUAGCAUUAGCAUCAGGACAAGGGGUGAAGAAUUAUAUCCACAGAGUAAGAGCAAUUCAAAAGGCAAUGGAAAAUGUGGUAACAGUUGAUGCCUUUGGACUUAAACUUGCAGCAGAUGGCAUGCAUCUCACAACUGCUUCUCAGGUUCAGCUUGGCAAGAUGAUGGCUAGUGCAUUCUUCAAUACCACAAAAUGACUCAACAUCGGGUCGGGAUGGAGAAAUUAAUGAUACGUUCUUCGCGAUUUUAAGUAUGAUUUUGUUAAUUAUAUAUAAUGGAUUAUUGUAUAGUUGUAUGGAGGCAUCAAGAAAUGAACAAGCAAUCGAGACUU